UCGGUGAGAAAACCUGACACUGAUCCAAACCUAUACCACUGAAACAUCACCGCAAUUAUGGACAAGGUCACCGCAAAGAUCAAGGAGGCCCUCCCGACUCACCUCAAGCCUGAAGGAGAGACUGCCCGGCACCAUGGAAAGUCACAAUCACACGUGGCAUUCGAGAACACCUCAACCUCAGUCGCCGCCUCGCAAAUGCGAAAUGCGCUCAACAACCUCGCCGAUAGCGUGACAGACCCACGGGAGAAGAAGCGAUUCGAGACGGAAAUGGAUAACUUCUUUGCGCUCUUCCGUCGCUACCUCAACGACAAGGCGAAGGGCAACGAGAUCGAGUGGAGCCGCAUCGCUCCGCCGAAGCCUGAGCAGGUCGUUGACUACAACAGUCUCGGCAACUCCGAGUCGGUGGAGUUCCUCAACAAGUUGGCCGUUCUCAAAUUGAACGGUGGUCUCGGAACCUCUAUGGGUUGUGUUGGUCCCAAGUCCGUCAUCGAAGUCCGUGACGGCAUGUCAUUCCUUGACCUGUCAGUGCGACAGAUUGAGUACUUGAACCGCACCUACAGCGUCAACGUGCCGUUCGUGCUCAUGAACUCUUUCAACACCGAUUCGGAUACUGCAUCGAUCAUCAAGAAGUACGAGGGCCACAACAUCGACAUCCUCACCUUCAACCAGUCCAAGUACCCUCGUGUUCUCAAGGAUUCCCUUCUUCCUGCGCCCAAGAACGCCAGCUCUCAAAUCUCUGACUGGUAUCCACCUGGACACGGUGACGUCUUCGAGUCGCUUUACAACUCCGGCAUCUUGGACAAGCUUCUCGACCGCGGUGUCGAGAUCGUUUUCUUGUCCAACGCCGACAACCUCGGUGCCGUGGUCGACUUGAAUAUUCUACAGCACAUGGUCUCUACCCGUGCCGAGUACAUCAUGGAGUUGACCGAUAAGACCAAGGCUGACGUCAAGGGUGGUACCAUCAUCGACUACGAGGGUCAGGCCCGCCUGCUCGAAAUCGCUCAGGUUCCUAAGCAAUACGUCAACGAGUUCAAGUCGAUCAAGAAGUUCAAGUACUUCAACACCAACAACAUCUGGAUGAACCUUCGCGCGGUGAAGCGUGUCGUGGAGAACAACGAACUCAGCAUGGAGAUCAUCCCCAACGGCAAGAGCAUUCCCGCAGACAAGAAGGGUGAGGCUGAUGUGAGCAUCAUCCAGCUCGAGACCGCCGUCGGUGCUGCCAUCCGUCACUUCAACAACGCGCACGGUGUCAACGUCCCACGACGUCGUUUCUUGCCAGUCAAGACCUGCUCCGAUUUGAUGUUGGUCAAGUCAGAUCUUUACACUCUGAAGCACGGUCAGCUCGUCAUGGACCCCAACCGAUUCGGCCCAGCACCGCUCAUCAAGCUCGGCAACGACUUCAAGAAGGUCUCCAACUUCCAGUCUCGUAUCCCUUCAAUUCCCAAAAUCCUCGAGCUCGACCACCUGACCAUCACCGGUGCUGUCAACCUUGGUCGUGGUGUCGUCCUCAAGGGCACCGUCAUCAUUGUCGCAACGGAAGGCUCCACAAUCGAUGUUCCUCCAGGCUCUAUCUUGGAGAACGUCGUUGUGCAAGGUAGCUUGCGUCUGCUAGAGCACUAGAUGUUUCACGCCAGCACUGUACCCAGCUCCAACCCCAAAGAUUUUCUUUUCGUCACUACCGACUUGGUCGAUUCCCUCCACGCCUCUAAGAGGCUUUCUUGAAAUAUUCCACAGU